CAGAGCGGGGCCGGGAGGAGCCUCCGGCGCGGCGCGGCGCGGCCGGGGAGAGAGAGAGGGAGGGAGGGACAGACGGAGCUGCCACGUCCUCCGCGCCGAGCGGCGAGGGAAGCCAGCCCGCGCCUCAGCCCCACGUGUGGCGGAGCGGGGAAGUUGCCGGCGGCCGGCUCGGACUCUACCCCUCUCCCGCCGCCGCCCCCCGUCCUUUCCCGGGUGAGGGCAACUCCAAGUCGGGGCGCGCGGCGGCCCACUCUCGCCCGCCGUCCCGGCGGAGGCCGGCGGGGCCGUGGUUUCUUGCACAGCCGAGCACUUGAAGGAGAAGGAAUUCUUCAACCUUUUGUUUAAAAAGACCUUGGACUGUUUUUCACUGCUCAGCUCCCUUCGCUCCCCUGUUGUGGUGAACGCAAGAUCCUAAGAGGAGGAUGAGGCAGCUGAGAGGAAAACCCAAAAAAGAGACCUCCAAAGAUAAAAAGGAGAGAAAACAGGCGAUGCAAGAGGCCCGGCAACAAAUCACCACCGUCGUGCUUCCCACGCUGGCUGUGGUAGUACUGCUGAUUGUCGUGUUUGUUUAUGUCGCGACGCGUCCAAAUACAACUGAAUGAUGCAGCUUUUCAGACUUCCUAGCUUUGGGGUAUUAAUAAUUUUAUCAAGAGCCAAAAGGAACUCUCUGCCACUCUUUCAGUACUUUACAAAGGAACUUGCUGGUAUUUUCAGUCUUUCUUUUGGUUGGGGUCCCGCAGAUUCUCUUUAGGAAUGUAACAUAAAACGUAUUAGUGAAUGUGCCAGUACGUUUUAUGGUCCCGGUUCAUGUGCCUUUCAGAAUUUUAAAAUUGUGUUUUUUCUUAAAUCUGUUUGAAGCUCUAUAUUGUAAAAGGAAAUCGUGUUCGGCUAUAAAUUUGUUAAAAAAAAAUCAGCUUUCAGCUUUUAUCCCUCUUAUGGAUAAUGUUGCUCCCAUGAGCUCUUGUAUGUCUAUUUCAGAACUUCCAAAGAAGUACAGUUCUUCUUUGUACUUAAUGUCAUAUGAAGUGCUUUGAUUCAGAAAGGAUAUAUUUAUUUUUUGAAUAAAAGAGAGAAGUCUUACUUGGAAUCUUCAAAUUAUUUUGCCAAAAAGAAAAAAAAAGUGACUUAUUGUGAAAGCCUACAUUGUGUAAUAAUUUUUUCAUUAAACACU